GCGUCAUCACAAGUAUGGCCAGCGUGUCUUCACUUCCAGUGAUCAAAGGAUCCUCACCAUCUCGCUCUAGUGCGCAAGUGGUGGCUGAACAAGUGGCAUCGCUUUUGCGACAAGUGGAGUAUUGGCAUCAGAUGUACUUGGACUCAGAAGCCUCCUCUGCGAAACAGAGAUCUGAUGAAGUUCAACUCCUGCAGAAGCAGCUGUCCGGUGCGCUGGAUCGAGAGCGAUUCUUGGCUUCGAAGAAUUUGGAACUUCGCUCUGCCUCGCAAGCCAAGCAAGCGGAGGAAGAGGAAGAAGCCCGGCAAAAGGUGGCACUUUGUGAAGAACUCAGCAGUGUACACGUGAUGUUGCAGCGUAAGGAGGAGGAGCUGCAAGAAAGUCGGAGGCAGUCAAUUACUCGAGGAGAGCAGGUGGAGAAGUUGAGAGACGAUCUUCAAAAGCAGUUCUUUGAUGCGGAGCAGCACAAGGCAAUGGAGUCAGAAGUAACGGACCUUCAAAGGAAGCUGGAGGCAUCUUUGAAGAAGAUCAGUGCAAAAGAGCACCUGUGUGACACGAUGGACCAAGAGCUGAGCAUCUUGCGAAGUCAGCUUCCAGCCAAGGAGGCUGAGCUGGCCCAGUUGAACAAAGACUUUCAAAAGAAAACCGCGGAGGCCGAACGGGCCGAAGAGCAGCAGAAGUCCCUUCGGCGGGAAGUGUCGGAUUUGCAAGUGAGGCUCGAUGCGUCUCUGCAGAAGAUGUCGGCGAAGGAGCAAGAGCUGCAGUGGCUGCAAGCACAGUUGAGGGAGAAAGAAGAUCAGCUGGAAGAGCUGCAAAAGUGCCAAAGCUCCACAAGUGCAGAGCUGGCUGAGCUGCGUGACAAAACGGAGGUCGCUUUGGAAGCGAAAGAGUUGGAAGUCGCGAAGCUCAAGGGUGAACUUGCCAAAGAACAGGAAGUUUGCCGUGCAGCUGUGUCCGACAACUGCGAGUUAAGGCAACUUUGUUGUGACAAGUUGAGUGCCCUUGGGGAGCAAGAAGCCAGGCAUCAGAGGUUUGUGAAAUUCCUGGAAGCUGAGAAGGAGAUGUGGCUGAACAGGAGCGACCACUUCGAGAAGGUGAACUCUCGUUUGCGAUUGGAUUUGCAGAAAAACCUAGAUGCGGCUGACGCAGAAAUGACUUUGACACCGACGCCGCCACCACGACGCCCAUCCACCGCCGGAUCCUAUCGCGACAGGGUUGGUCGGACCCUCCUUCAACACCGAGCAGAGGGCAAGAAGAGCUCUGAUGCUCAACAACCGGAGGAUUGA